AUGAUGAUCCCCGGCCUGUUCCAGGAACUCUCCUCGCGGCUAACUCUUCUUGAGCUGGGCAGGAGUCGCACCAGACGCUACGCUAAAGAGCUACAAAGUCUUUGGGGGCAGUGUAAGCGGUAUCAACCUCUCUCGCUGGCUUCAUCCAAUAACGAUGCCGACAUCAUCACAGCAAGUAUUGGCGGCCCCGGCGGAUGGUCGAGCAGUGCCUGGUCCACGGUUGCAUCUCGCAUCGUCGACGCUGGCACCAUCGUGACCAUCUCUGCCGGCAACAGCGGCGAGCUCGGUCCAUUUUUCGGAAGCAGUGGCUCAUCUGGAAAGUUUGUGCUCGCCGUGGCGUCGGUCGAAGCAGAUACCUACCCUGCGAUACCGUUCGAGGCCACUUAUAUCCGUCCCGGCUCAAAUGAUUCGAACACAACGACAUUUGCCUACCUGCCAGACUACGAGCCUUUUCCUCCGUCGGUUCGAGACCUUCCUAUGUUUGCGCUAUCACUCAACGCAAGCGACGUCUUAGCAGGCUGCGAGUCUUUGCCGGCCAAUACCCGGAACCUCAGUAAUUACGUCGUACUUCUGCCUCUUCUGCCUCUGGGUGUGAACACGAACUGCAGUUCAUAUGCAAAACAGCGCAAUGUCGCUCACUUUGGUGCUCGGUAUAUCCUGUUUUUCAGCCCACAGGGCGCUUCGCUACAGCAGCCAGAGACCGGGAGCGACCUCAUUGGCGUUGGUGUUCUCGACUACAAGACGGCGGAAUUAUUCCUCACGGUGCACAUAAAUGGAAAUCAGGUAUUGCUUAACUUCUCUGUCGAGUCGGGCACCAACUAUGUCGGCAUCAGCAAUGCUGGCGGAGGAUUUGCGAGCUACUUUACGUCACAAGCUGCGUUAUACAAUCUCGAGAUCAAGCCCGAUGUUGCGGCGCCUGGAGGCAACAUCUUCAGCUCGUACCUUGACAACACAUAUACAGUGCUCAGCGGCACAUCAAUGGCGUGUCCAUAUGUGGCUGGAGUUGCGGCCUUGUACAUCAGUCAACAUGGAGGGAAAGGCAUACACGGUAUCCGCUUCGCCAAGGAUCUCGCCAUGCGAAUCAUGUCAAGCGGCCGCGCAGUGCGGUGGCACGAUGGUCAGUCGGACAAAGAUUAUGGGUUCUGGGCGCCUGUAACCCAAGUUGGUACUGGCAUCGUCGACGCCUACAAGGUCGUCCACUAUGAAACGUCCCUGAGUUGGUCAAAGUUUGCACUGAAUGACACGCAGAACCACAGACAACAUCAAAAGGUCGCCAUCAAGAAUAAUGGGACCAGCCGUGUUCGAUACAGGUUCAAGGUGCAAGACUCUGGCGGCCAUGACGUCCUGGACAGCGGCGAUCCUCCCUUGGUGCAAUUGGGCCCGAUUCCGCACGGCGAGACAUCCUUCCUCCCCUUUAAAAUGACGCCUGAUGUGCUCUUGCCGUCGGAUGAGUUCUGGGUCAAUCCUGGGUCAACCAAAAACGCAGAAUUCGUCUUCGACUAUCCCGCCGGGUUCGAUGAUGAUAAGUUGUCUGUGUACAGCGGCAAGAUCCUCAUACAUGGCACGAAUGCUGAAGAGCUUUCAGUCCCUUAUAUGGGCGUGGCGGGGAGCAUACGGACUACCUUUGCCAGGGUCUUUUACCCAAACUAUCCCCGGUCCUCUUCGACUGCGAACGACAUUCCCAUUGAGGAGAAGCCCACCUACACAUUCGACCUUUCGUUGGAAGCUCAAGACUUCCCAAGGAUCGUUUGCGGCUUCCGCUGGGGUGUGCGGCACCUACGAUGGGAUAUCUUUGAAGCAGGUUGGGAAGACAGCCGCUGGUACUAUCCGCCGGAAGCGGGCAAGAACGGGUAUGUUGGUGCCGCAACUUCAUGGGCCGGUGCGGAGUACGCCUACGUCUUCAACGCAAGCAAGGACGAUGAGAUGGAUCUGGUGGCGUUUCCUGUCUUUGAUCUGGCUCGGGACAUUCCAUAUGAGUAUUGGUGGCUCGGCCGUCUGGCUAACGGUCAAUUGAUUGAACCAGGAAACUACACAUUUCGCUUCGCGGCCCUGACGCCGUUCGGCUCACCGGAAAAUGCCCAUGACUGGGAUGUCUUUGACGUACCCGAAAUCCAGGUCAUCAGUCAGGCCAGUCAGGGUGCAGUCUGA